AAGAAAAAUCAACAAAGAGAAGCCUGGCAUGAGCUCUAGGUUUCUUUGGACGUUUGUAGAGUGUAUUUAGUAUAAACAGCUGAGCAUCAGCCAUCAUCGACACCUCUUCUAAAUCUAUAGGCAAACUGCAACGGGUCAAGAUAUAGAUCAGUCAUAACCUCUCUACUUACAGUUUUCUCCUAAUUUCAUGAUAAUUGACAUAAAAGCGACUGGUCUGAAGUUCUUGGGUUGACUGGGCCAACUGUUUUUUGGAACAGGCAUAAUGUGCAAAAGUUUCCAAACAUCAGGAAUUAGUAUGCUUGAAUAUAUGCCGUAAAACUAAGUUCAUUGGCACAGUAAUGGAGCUGCAUCCACAAAUCCCAUCUGGACCCAGAGCCUUGUUAACAUUUACUCGCCCAGAGAUCUUUGAUAGAGGACUAGGCAAUCACCAGUCCAUGCUCAGGGACCAUGCAGAGACUGUUUUAGUGUGGAAACAUUGAGAGAAAUGUUUCUCAAAGGAGGCAUAAAAAGAAUGUAUGCAAAAUAACACUUUAAAAAAUACUGCUACCACUACUAAUAAACUUUUACUGUUACCAAAACUUUUCACACUUUACAAUCAUGAUACAAACCCGACCCACUCUCAACAAACAUACAAAGACAACACAGUAAUACACACAUAAAUGGACUAUAUACGAUGGGACAAAUUGACUUUUGGUGUGGGACGAAAUGUCUUGCUCAACGUUCUGUCUUGCUACACUGGCAGGCUGUCCCGCGCACACCUUAUGUUCAUGAACUCCAGAAAGUACGAAACUCCGCUACAGAUCUGGUGUUUAAAACUAGGAAACAUGACCAUGUCACACCAGUCUAUAAAUUUUAAGAGAAUGAGCCAUGAAUAAUUAAAAUUUUAUUGUACUUUCGUGCUCUUUGGCAUCCUUUCAGUUUCAGUUCGCCCACAGCAGAAGUCAGUUCGUCUCAGCUAGAUCCAUUUCGUCCGAAGAAAUGUGAAAUCGUCCCAAUCCAGAGACAAAUCGAUAACUGAAAGUUGACACAGAAAUUCAAGCCAUUCAUCACGUUUAAAAGAAUAAAUAAUAUUUAAAAAAAAAAAAAGGUUAAAAAGAAGCCAUUGUGCCUUGAGUUCUUUUCAGUAUUCUUCUGUAGUAAUGGCAACAGGGGGAACCAAAACAAGUCGCUUUCAUAUUGUCAGUGGCACACAUCUGACUGUCUCAUGUGACAACAUCAUAUGCACAAGUGCUGCAACAGUUGUUGUUGGUGAAGACACAAGUCUUUGUGGUGCAGGAGCUGUGUCUAGAUGUUUGCUUGAAAAUUGUCCUCGUGAUUACAAACAAAGGCGAGACAGUCUAAAGAAAAAGACCAGAAAAUUUGAAAUUGGAAGAGUCUAUCCUUGCACCUUCAAGAAAGAUGUCUCUGGCAAUGGUAAACAUGUUGGUUUCAAUACAGUUUAUUAUGUGAUAGUCCCUUCCAUGAGUUCUUCAGAUUCUCAGAGAUGGAUAGCUCAGAUGACAGAACUGUAUGCAAAUUUGUUUCGUCAAGCCUGUAAUGAUGGUAAAAGUUCACUGGCUUUGCCUUUACUUGGAAGUGGAGGAGCAGGAGCUUCAGUUGCUGAUGCAGUGAAGGUCUUCAUACAAUCGAUGAUAGAUGCAAAGCCUAGAUCCCUGGAUGUCUCCCUUCACAUUAAUCCCAAGGACCAAAAAGCUUUCAGAGAAACAAUAGAGCUGAUCAAGAAGCUUACACAAAGUUCUUCGGUAACCCAAAAGCUGUCACCUGUGUCACUUGAGGAAAGAAGCACAUUUUCUUCAUCGAAAAAUCCUGCCUGCAGUAUGAAAUACGAUGGAAAGAAGAAAAACCAAAUGUCAUCAAUGAGCCUGAGCAAAAACUUUGCAAUGAUGAGGUUAGACGAUGACAGCUCAAACCUUGCUUCAAUUUUAGGGCAGGAUUAUUUUACACCUCAUUGCAUUAAUAAUGAGGAAACUGCAAAAGAUGCAAGUGGUCAUGAUGACGAUGAGGAUUCUGAAGAUGGAACAGAUAAAGAUUUUGAAAUGACUCCUGGAGAUGUGCUGGACAAAAAUAUUCCCCUUAAAAAUGAGGAAGAUGAAAAGUGCCCCAUAUGCCUGGACAAGAUCCAAAAGCCAAAGAAGCUGGACAAAUGUGGGCACACAUUUUGCACAGAAUGCAUAGAGGAUACUUUCCGGCACCACAAACCAGUUUGUCCCACUUGCAACACAUUGUAUGGUGUUAUCAUAGGUAAUCAGCCAAUCAAUGGAAAAAUGAGUGUGACCCAAACAUGUGGACAUGUGCCUGGCUUUGGAAACUGUGGUGUAAUCACCAUUGAUUAUUCUUUUUCGGAUGGCAUCCAAGGGACGGAGCAUCCUAAUCCAGGAUAUGCAUACAGAGGUACCUGGCGCCGUGCCUACCUACCAAACAAUGAAGAGGGAAAGAAAGUAUGCCGACUGCUACGUGCGGCAUUUGACAACCGGCUGAUAUUUACUGUGGGAACAUCAAAGACAACUGGGGCAGACAAUGUUGUCACAUGGAAUGACAUUCAUCACAAGACUUCACUUGAAGGUGGUCCAACAAGGUUUGGAUAUCCAGAUCCAAACUACUUAUCAAGAGUUCAAGAAGAGUUGGCAGCCAGAGGAAUCACAGAAGACUGCCUUCCUCAUCAACGAAACAUUGAUGUUUAUUAGCAUCACCUAUGCAUAUACAUAUCUAUCACUUUAAGAAAAAAUUUUAUGCAUAUAACCAGUAAAUAAAUGUUUUAAUUAAGGGUGGAACAACUCAAUCAGAUGUGGGGUGGUUUCUCUACAUUUCACAUGUAACCAACACAUCAGUCCCUGAUGGCUAUGUAGGGGUGGGCUAGUUGUUCAAGAACACAUGAUCGAAAUUGACGCACAACUGUAGCUUUUAUUCAGAAUUUCAUUUGGCGAUUGGCCUGUCGUCUCUCCACUCUCGCUUCCAAAUCCAAAAAGCCUCUUUCAGCUGUAAAGCUACACUAAUUAUUCUAGCCAUCAGACAUUCCAGAGCCAUCCACCCUCUUUCCCACAGUUUAAAUCUUAUCAACUUCUCCAUUCUGACCCCCUAUCCAACUCUUACAUACCUCAUUCUUUGCUGCUUUUUAUUUUUGUUUUUGCACUCGAAAAAUCUUUGACAGUAAUGUUUCAAGAGUUUAAUGAAUGAGAUUCCGGCUAUAUACAAUUAUCAAACAAUAAAACUGUUUUGGAUACAAUUCAUCAGCACAUUUGAUUUUUAUUACUGUCUUGACUAUUUCUCAACAUAAUCAUUCAAUCACAUGUACUAAAAUGUAUUAAAUUAUUUUAUUUG